AGAGAGAGAGAGAGAGCUGCUGUGGACGCGCCUGGAUACUGAGGAGAGAGAGAGAGAGAGCUGCUGUGGACGCGCCGGCCUGUGAGCUUGUAGUGUUGUUGGUGUAUAUGUGGGAGCAGGAGGAGAGAGACUCUGCAGUGUCUUAGCAGCUGCAUUAGUGCAUCUCCCGCCGUCCGCGAUGCCUCCUCGGCCGGUGCGCGCCUCCUCCUCCGCGUCCACUUGACGAACCCGUGACGGAAGCCGAGCCGGAGCGUCACAUCAUCGCAGCUCCCGGCGUCGCGCCCCGGAGCGCUCCGUCCACGCACCGAAGAACCCCAGUGACGACAAUUUUCUUUUAAUGGACAAUGGCGAUAGGCAAAAGGUCUCGCAGCAUCGUCUGCUUGGUAUCUCUCCAGAUGAUCUGGAUUUUCAGCGCAUCGUGGCCUGGAGCAGCGGCUCUCACGUUCCCGCAGCAAUACACGAUAAUGCACUGGGCCAGGCGUAUCGAGCAGGAGAUUGACAGAGUCUUUCAACAAAUCACCGGAGCUCAGCAGUUGAAAGGGAUUUACAAUGAAGAAAGACGACGAUUUAGUCUGGUGAAGAAUCAGCCUCGGAAGAUUGUGGAGAAGGUGGCCUCGGACAUAGAGAAACUCCUGGCUAAGAAACGCAAAGCCCUUGAUAGGUUAGCCAGGGAAGCAGAGCGGCUCCAGCGAGAGCAUCUGUGGCAAGAUGGAAUCAAGGAGCUGGACAUGGCUUAUUAUGACUCCAAGGCUGAGCUGGAUUAUUAUUCGAUGGACGGAGAAGGAGAGGUGGAAAAUCCCUCCCACAUCAAGCUGGAGUUUGUUUAUGAUCCAAACUUCAAAAACAAUGUCAACUAUUCCUACACAGCUGUUCAGAUUCCCACAGAUAUUUAUAAAGGAGCCCCAGUCAUCCUGAAUGAGUUGAACUGGACACAGGCACUGGAGAAAGUCUUUAUGGAGAAUAGUCGAGAGGAUCCGUCAUUGCUGUGGCAAUCGUUUGGGAGUGCGACGGGAGUCACCCGCUACUAUCCUGCUACACCUUGGAAAGCUCCUGAUAAAAUCGACCUGUAUGAUGUCAGGAGGAGGCCCUGGUACAUCCAGGGCGCCUCAUCCCCUAAAGAUAUGGUCAUUCUUGUUGAUGUGAGCGGCAGUGUCAGUGGACUCACCCUUAAACUGAUCAAAGCGUCGGUGAUGGAAAUGCUGGACACUUUGUCUGAUGAUGACUAUGUCAACGUGGCCAGGUUCAACGAGAAGGCCGAGGCUGUGGUUCCCUGCUUCAAACAUCUAGUCCAGGCUAAUGUGCGCAACAAAAAAAUCUUCAAGGAUGCAGUGCAGCAGAUGCAGGCUAAAGGCACCACUGACUACAAGUCAGGAUUUCACUUUGCCUUCAACCAGCUGUUAAAUAAGACAAAUGUCCCGAGGGCCAACUGUAAUAAAAUAAUCAUGCUGUUUACUGAUGGGGGAGAGGACAGAGCUCAGGACGUCUUCAUGCAGUACAACUGGCCCAACAAAACAGUUCGAGUGUUCACCUUCUCUGUGGGUCAACACAACUAUGAUGUCACACCCUUACAAUGGAUUGCAUGUACCAAUAAAGGUUACUAUUUUGAGAUCCGUUCCAUCUGUGCGAUAAGGAUUAAUACCCAGGAGUACCUCGACGUGCUGGGACGCCCCAUGGUUCUGGCGGGCAGCGAUGCCAAGCAGGUUCAGUGGACCAAUGUGUAUCAGGAUGCUUUGGGUCUUGGCAUGGUAGUAACUGGGACUAUGCCUGUAUUUAAUCUCACCAUGGAUGGAAACUCACAGAACCAGCUGAUAUUAGGUGUCAUGGGCGUUGACGUGCAUCUUGACGAGAUAAAGCGACUGACGCCACGGUACAAUCUCGGAGCCAAUGGAUACAUAUUUGCCAUCGAUCCAAAUGGAUAUCUUCUCCUUCAUCCUAAUCUGCUGCCAAAGCUUGUGAACCUGCCUGAACCUGUGACGCUGGACUUCCUAGAUGCAGAGGUGGAAGACAGCAACAAAGAGGAGAUCCGCCGACAAAUGAUUGAUGGAAGACCAGGUGAAAUGCAGGUCAAAACUCUAAUCAAGUCGGUUGACGAGCAAUACAUUGACGAGGUGCACAGGGGCUACACCUGGACUCCGAUCAACGGCACAGAUUACAGUCUUGGUUUGGUACUACCGCCCUACAAUGAGUACUACAUCCAGGCGGACCUGAGUGAUGUGAUGCUGCAGCUCCAGUAUAUGCAGUCUCUGCUGCCCAGCUCCUUUGAAUCAUCAGGACACGUGUUUCUGGCUCCAAGGGAAUACUGCAAGCGUCUGCACCUUUCUGACAACAACACACAGUUUUUGCAGAACUUCCUUUCGCUCAUGCUGGAUAUUUCUCCAGAAUCUGAUGAGUGUGACCAAGGCCUCAUCCACAACCUGAUUCUGGAUUCAAGGAUUAUCGGGCAGUUAGCCUCUCGCGUUUGGAAGAACAAGGACCUGAAUUCGUACGGGUUCCUGGCUGUGUUUGCGUCGACAGAUGGAGGAAUUACACGGGUUUUCCCCAACAUAGCUGCUGAUUUGUGGGAGGAAGAUCCUGAACCCUUUAAUUCAAACUACUAUAGACGUAGUCUUGACAACAGAGGUUACAUGUUCAGAGCUCCAUCGAAAUCCUCUGUGGACGAGCCUGUAGGUGCAGAAAAUGGCACUGUCGGAAUUCUGGUUAGUUCGGCAAUCGAGGUGAAUUUAGGAGGCAAACUGCUCAAACCUGCAGUGGUUGGAGUGAAGCUGGACUUGGAAGCAUGGGUCGACAAAUUCAAGAUCCUGGCCAGCAACGUGUCAGACAGUCGACAAGGCUCGCACAAGUGUGGACCAUCCAGAAGUUGUGAGAUGGACUGUGAAGUGAACACUGAUGACCUCCUCUGCUAUCUCAUCGAUGACGGUGGGUUCCUGGUCAUGUCCAAUCAGAGGGAUCACUGGAAAAAAAUCGGUCUUUUCUUCGGUGAUGUGGACCCUUACCUGAUGCACGCACUCUACAACAACUCAAUUUUCUCACGUCGCCAAUCUUUCCACUACCAGUCUGCAUGUGAGCCUGUCAGCAGCAGCCACACGGGUGCAGCCCCUAGAGGCAUCUUUGUGCCAUCCAUUGCUGACAUCCUCAGCUUGGCCUGGUGGACAUCCACUGUGGCAUGGUCUGUGGUCCAGCAGCUACUGUAUGGACUGGCCUACAACAGCUGGCUCUACCAAGACAAUGUCCUAGUUGAAGGGUUUGAGACAAGAGAAAGCAGCUGCGUGACCAUUCAAAGCCAGUUCUACUUCACAAACACCACCAACUCCUACAACGUGCUGCAGGACUGUGGAAACUGCUCGCGUCUGUUCCACGCGAAGCAGAUAGAAAACACCAACCUGCUCUUCGUCGUUGCCGAGACACUGCCCUGCAGCUCCUGUGAGAUAGAGCGCCUGACCCAGGUCAGGACGGAGUUUCAGGAGGAGAAUCCAUGUGAAGUACUGAGUAACGCACGAUAUCGUAAAGGCCCUGCUUCCUGCUUUGACUAUAGUGCCUUAGAAAACACGUCAGAGUGUGGACGGGGUCAUUUUCUGCAGUCCUCCGUCGGAGUCCUUCUCCUGAUUCAGCUAAUACUGCCUCUCUUUCAUCUCUGACACGUGCAAACACUCAGACAUCUUUCAUCUCUUUGGGUUAAGGCUCAGAUCUACUGAAGGUCAUAUCAAACAGCAAGUGUGAAACUCUUUUUUGAUCUACAAAAAAGAAAAAUGAAAAAAAGACAAAUCUGGAUCAGCUCUUAGUGAUUUUUGCCUUAUUGCUUAUGCAUUCGUUGGUGUUUCAGGGCUUAAGUGGAGAAUAUAGGCAAGGAAUGUGUUGAAUGUGCAUGCUACAUGAACUAGGACAUGCAUGCUUGAAAUGUAUUGGACCCGGGCUCAGCCAAAUAAUCAAUCACCCAAAAUGUCAGGGAGGGAGGCGGCCGACAUCGACUUUGAACAGGCCAAUAAAUUAACCAACCAGCAGGAACAGCCUUAGAUUUUAAAUGGAGUGGUGACAUUACAUGAGACAUAAAAACUCAGAUGGAUUAAGUUGUAAGUGUUCAGGUUGCAAUACCACAUUCCCAAAAAAAAACUAUAACAAAUAAAUGUUGAAAAUUACUAAAGAAAAAAGUACGAGCAACAAAUUUAACUUCAAUUAUCAAACACAUCAUAUGAGAAUACAGAAUACCCCUGUCAGUGUUGUAUGACCUGUAAGUAUGUGGCAUACCUGUAAGUAUGUGUGCAUAGUGUUGCAGAUCAUCUAUUUCCACUACUUUAUAUACUAAUGAGUAGUUUAUCUGUUACAAUCAACAGUAUCAUUUAAAAAAUCAUUGUUUUCUGUAUAAAAUGAAAUGAUAUGUAUUAACUACAACUGACGGAUAGAUGUAGUGGAGAAAGAAGUCCAUAUUUGUUUCUGUGCAGUUUCAAUGUGAACACAGCUUCUGUUGUGUGAUCAAAAAGUCCACAUGGUAGCUUAAGCAUCAAAUGGAAACACUAAGGUAAAGUACAAGCAACACUAAACCCAAAUAUAGGACUUAAAUGGUCGACAUCUAAAAAUGAUCGGAGGAGAUCUGUGAUUGUCCACAGAUGAGUGACACAACAAUUUGAUCAGAAAGUUUUCAAAGUUUUUAGAUCUUAUAAAUUGUUGCGAUGUUGAACGACUCUGAACGCACUGUACCUUUUGCAUGUAUGGAUUUACAGUUUCCAUACAGGGUGAAGUUAUCCUAAGCAUUUACACGACUAACAGUUGUGCACACUGCACAUUAAGCUCACUGCUAAUUGCACCAAGAUGUAAAUAAAUGGACAGAAUGGCUGCUGGUUGAGCUUUAUAAUUCAAACCCUGCCUGUACUUUGCUCACAUGCGGCUUAUAGCAACUUUUGCUUUUGUUGGCUUAAAAAUAAUUUUCCGUUUUUCUUUUGCAUGCGUGAUCCUGGUAAAUAUCUUUUCACAUGAAGCUGUUACAUGAUAGUAGAUCCAGGCCUUAACAUCACCUUCACUUCAGUGUCUUUCAAUCCACCUCUGAUCUUUGCCAAGAUACUUUAGGUAUUUUAAAUUGUAUCAUACAUGAUACAUCCCAGAAUGAAUUUCCUGCUGCCAUUUCUAAUAUCGUGACUCUUGAAAUCCAACAAAUUUCCAACAGAAUCUAGAGAGUUAAGGUUUUUUUCCCUGAGUUUUCUAAGAGCACUUUGACAUAUGAGACCACUGAUGACAAAAGCCAGUAUGAUGAAAAUAACAGUGUUGGACCAGCAAGACUUUGUGACUUUCAAAACACAUAUCAGUGAUGAAACAGACAGUAUAGUUUCAUCGUGGUACAAGGAUUUUUCAAGUCAAGGUUUGUUUUAUUGAAAUGAUGAUGACGAUCUUGAAGUGCUUCCAGACGAGCAAGAAGUCCCCAAAAGAUGUAAAAUCAAACAACAGACGACCAAAACUGAAAACCAAAAUAAUCAAACAUUAUUUCAUUUUGUAAGGUAGUAGUGCAUAUUUAAUUGACUGUAAUAUUGAGGAACACUGCACAGUGUUUAGUGCAAUAAUGUUAUUAUGAUUGGACAUUUUAUUCUAUCAGUUACAUUUGGUUCAUGAUUAACCAUGACAGUGUUGUCUAUGUCGUCUUACAGCAGAAUGUGCAGAUGUCUGUGUUUGGCCGACCUGUUUUUUUUUUUUUAAAUGUAUUGCAUUGGUUGUUUGAUUGAAGCUCUUUGCCUUCAAUUUUUGUAUCUCGUAUCAUCACUAUUUGUCAAAUCUGAAUUUAUGCACUUAUCUAUGCUUCUGUAUGGGGAAUGUAGCUUCCGAACAGCUUUCAGUGUUGUCAACAUAUUAGUGUGAUGCUUUUUGACGCUCUCUUGAGACUCGCCUGACGUCUCACUGAAAGUGAUGAGUCUCUGUGGCAUAAUGUUUUGAGCUUAUCAUGCGUAACUCUUUAUGACAGCAAUAUCUGAUUGAACUUUUUUAUAAAACUAUUAAGAAUUUUAAGAAAUAGCAGUUUAGUCGCAGUGAGACGUCUGCCCAGUACUGAAGGUGCAGAUUCAUUGCUGCUUGAUAAGGUCUGCACCCUGUUCUAGUGUACAAUUUAUUUUGUUUAUUUCAGGGUUCAAACUUUUUGAAUUAUUUUGUUUCUAUUGACCCUAUAAACCAAAUAUAUUUUAUAUUAUUAUUAUUUAUAUUACAACAUUAAAAAUAAUACACACAUUUUACAAUGUACUGUAUUUUAAAAAAGUAUUUAAUUAUUAACACGAUAGGCUACAGUGUAUGUGAUUUUAAAGCACAAAGGACAUACUCUGCUUGGAAUAAUAACUCUUGUCUGGUGGAGAAAAUGUAAACUCACUGUGUCUCACUGUUUAAUUCAUAUGUGGUUACGCAUGAUAAAAUCCUAAAAAACAUGUUCCCACAGUGACUAAUCAACCCCCUGACUCUGGUGACUUUGCUGCAGUUACUCAAAAAAAGAAAAAAGAAAAAGCUUUUUUGACAACAUACUUGUACAAAGCUGUUUUUCUCCCUGUCUACCUGGUGUUCCACCCUGCAGUGCCUUGUUGCACUCGCUCUGGACGGCAGGAACAUUUUGAUCUCAGCUGUGGACGUUCAUCCGGCCGGACAUGUGGGAGACACUUGAAUUUCAAGGGGGUUGCGAAUAUAAGAAUAAGAUGCUCUUGGUGAAUUAUUGUUAUAAACACUUUGUUGGAGCACGACAGACGUGUGCUGAGCAGCUGGCCUCCCCUCCUGCCUUCUCGUGGACAGAACAAACCCUGCUGUCCUCCUGCUACUGUACGUGUCCUUCAUCUCUACACUGUGGUUCAGCCUUGAAUCAAAAGCACAGACACUGGCCAUUUUCAUAGAUUUCUACUCCGUCCCAUCUGCACACUGUAGAUUCUGUAUUUGAAGCCUGUUGGAAACAUUGUGGUUCUCCAUUGGGACUUACUGAAGCGAGUGAAUGUUUAUGUACAGUACGACUACUGUUGUGCUUCUCAGUUUUACCCGAGCAUGCUGGGGACCUGGAAAAGCAGAUUUGAGCGCGACACUGUUCGGAGACCUCAGUUGAAACACUGCUUACAAAAAAAACAAAACGACAAAGCUUUUACUCUGAGACCUGCAGUAUUUACUCUAGGUCAUUAUUCAAACAACACUGUCGUACACUGAAGGAAAGACAUUUUGUGGAACUCUUUUCAGCCUACAAUAUAUUACAAGUGUUGAGGUCAGUGUUGUAGUUUCGUUUUAAAUUACCGGUAUUUAUUUGCAUGAUAUUUUUGAACUAUUUGCAGAUUUAUGUACAUAGCCUGAUGGAUAUUUGACAUUCCUGUUCACAAUCAGCUCUCCAGCGCUGUGGGGGAGGCGGUGGCGUCCUCUGUGGACAUGUUCCGGGGGGAUGUUGAGGCCUCGGAGCUCUUUGCUCUGUGUGUAAAUGAUGAAUGAAGCUGAAAGUUUGACUUCAGUGAAGCCUACAAUAACUGUCAGUGUUUGCAAUUUUAGGUGUUUUGCUGCAAGUGAAAGCACAGAGAAGUUUGGAGUUAUGAGCAACAUACUGCCUGAUGAAACUUGUGUCAUUUACUCACUGACAUAAAAACGCUGAUAAUGGUUUUAUUGCAUUUAAGGCUGUAUACGGCAACUGAACAAGGCAGUGGCAUGUGUGGGAAUGCCCCUUUAUGAAUGACAUUUAUUUAUGAAAUAGAUUUAAGUGUUGCCCAUUUAAUUUGUUUAUGUAUUCCUUUAUUUAUUUGUUGAUUUUUUGGGAGUAUUGUGAAUAUUAUUUGUAUUGAACAGGAAAGAACUGAAUAUGAUUGAAGCUUGCUUGGGCACAAAAAGCAGUUUACAAGAAGAAAAAAAUCAGCAAAACAGAGAAAAAUAUAUAUCUAUAUUUACUGUACGUUUGUCCUUUUCUUUACUGAGUAUCAGAAGAUAAGAAUGUUAAUGUUUUUGCUGUAACUUUGCUUUUCAUUUUGCCAAUGUCGUCAUUUACUCGGGACAGUUUCCUCUCUUUGUGCCAGUCUCCAGCGCCACCUCAUUUUUGUACAGACGAUGUGAAGCAGUCAGCAGAAGAUGGAGGUUAACUUUGUAAUGAUUUUGUCAGUCACAUUACAAAAUGGAUAUUUAAAUGUUUAUAUCUUUGGUGAUUAAAUGCUAUUGAUAUUUUUCACUUCA